CCGACCAAGAAAACACUCAGAGGAAAUGUCCUUUCAACCAAGGACCCUUUAAAGGCCCAGGCCUGGAAAGGGGUGGGGACUGUCCUUUCUCCCCCACCCUUGGGCGGUGGCGGGGCAGAGCUGGGGAGGGCUGUCUCCUCCCCCUCCCCCUUUACCCCCACAGCUGCUCACUCCAGCCUGGGCGGACGGGAGGCAGCAACUUCGCGAGCUCCCGAGGAGCAGAUCUGCUCCGGCCACGAUGCCAGCGGCGGCCGGGGUCCUCCUGCUCCUGCUCUGGGGGACACUCGAAGUCUCCCAAGCACAGCGAUCACAGCAGAGGCGACAGUCCGCAGUGCAUCAACAGAGAGGUUUAUUUCCUGCUGUCCUGAAUCUUGCUUCUAAUGCGCUCAUCACAACCAAUGCCACAUGUGGGGAGAAAGGACCCGAAAUGUACUGCAAGUUGGUGGAGCAUGUUCCUGGGCAGCCUGUGAGAAAUCCUCAGUGUCGAAUCUGCAAUCAAAAUAGCAGCCACCCACACCAGAGACAUCCAAUCACAAAUGCUAUCGACGGCAAGAAUACAUGGUGGCAGAGUCCCAGUAUCAAGAAUGGAGUCGAAUAUCAUUACGUGACAAUUACUCUGGAUUUACAGCAGGUGUUCCAGAUUGCCUAUGUGAUCGUGAAAGCAGCCAACUCCCCUCGGCCCGGAAACUGGAUUUUGGAACGUUCCCUGGAUGACGUGGAGUACAAACCCUGGCAGUAUCAUGCAGUGACGGACACCGAGUGCCUGACCCUCUACAAUAUCUAUCCCCGCACUGGACCACCAUCCUAUGCAAAAGAUGAUGAGGUCAUCUGCACUUCGUUUUAUUCCAAGAUCCAUCCUCUAGAAAAUGGAGAGAUCCACAUUUCUUUGAUUAAUGGGAGACCAAGUGCCGAUGAUCCAUCCCCUGAGCUCCUGGAAUUCACCUCUGCUCGCUAUAUUCGCCUGAGGUUCCAGCGGAUCCGCACCUUGAAUGCCGAUUUGAUGAUGUUUGCUCAUAAAGACCCCAGAGAAAUCGACCCCAUUGUCACAAGAAGAUAUUACUACUCUGUCAAGGAUAUUUCAGUUGGAGGGAUGUGCAUCUGUUAUGGUCAUGCCCGGGCUUGUCCGCUUGAUCCGGCAACAAAUAAAUCACGCUGUGAGUGUGAGCACAAUACCUGCGGGGAGAGCUGCGACCGCUGCUGCCCGGGAUUCCAUCAGAAGCCCUGGAGAGCUGGGACUUUCCUCACCAGGACUGAAUGUGAAGCAUGUAAUUGUCACGGAAAAGCUGAAGAGUGUUAUUAUGAUGAAAAUGUUGCCAAAAGAAAUCUGAGUUUAAACAUACAUGGGAAGUACAUCGGAGGGGGUGUGUGCAUCAACUGUACACAAAAUACGGCUGGGAUCAACUGUGAGACGUGUAUUGAUGGAUUCUUCAGACCGAAAGGGGUGUCACCAAAUUAUCCGAGUCCAUGCCAGCCAUGUCGCUGUGAUCCGGUUGGCUCCUUAGGUGAAGUCUGUGUCAAGGAUGAGAAAUAUGCCCGGCGAGGUUUAUUACCUGGAUCCUGUCACUGCAAGCCUGGCUUUGGAGGCGUGAGCUGUGAUCGGUGUGUGAGGGGCUACACUGGCUAUCCAGACUGCCAACCUUGCAACUGCAGUGGCUUAGGGAGCACAAAUGAGGACCCUUGUGUUGGACCCUGUAGCUGUAAGGAGAAUGUUGAAGGUGAAGACUGCAGCCGUUGCAAAUCUGGCUUCUUCAACUUGCAAGAGGAUAAUCCCAAAGGCUGUGAGGAGUGCUUCUGUUCAGGGGUGUCUAACAGAUGUCAGAGUUCCUACUGGACCUAUGGAAAUAUUCAAGAUAUGCGUGGCUGGUAUCUCACAGACAUCUCAGGCCGCAUUCAGGUGGCUCCCCAACUUGAUGAUCCAGAAUCACCUCAGCAGAUCAGCAUCAGUAACUCUGAGGCACGGAAGUCCCUCCUGAAUGGAUACUACUGGAGGGCACCAGCUCCAUAUCUGGGAAAUAAACUCCCAGCUGUAGGCGGACAAUUGACAUUUACCAUCUCAUAUGACCUCGAAGAAGCGGAAGAGGAGGCAGAAAAAGUUGUUCAGCUGAUGACUAUCUUAGAGGGAAAUAACUUGAGAAUCAGCACAGCCUUUAAGGAGGUGUAUUUAGAUCCAACCGAAGAACACACUGAGGAGUUACCAUUCAAAGAAGACUCCUUUACCAUACAUGGAACAAACUUACCAGUCAGUAGAAAGGAUUUUAUGACGAUGCUUGCAAAUUUGGAGAGCGUCCUCAUCCAAAUCACAUACAAUUUAGGGAUGGAUGCCAUCUUCAGGUUGAGCUCUGUUAAUCUUGAAUCUGCCGUCCCCUAUCCUACUGAUAAAAGCAUUGCAACUGCUGUGGAAGUUUGCCAGUGUCCACCCGGGUACAGUGGCAACUCUUGUGAAAAGAGACACCAAGCUUAUGCUUCCUCUAAUCUCAUACCUGCCAAUAACAGUAAGUCCUGUUGGCCUAGGCACCGAAGAGUUAACGGCACUGUUUUUGGUGGCAUCUGUGAACCAUGCCAGUGUUUUGGUCAUGCAGACUCCUGUGAUGACGUCACAGCAGAGUGCCUGAACUGUAAGGACCACACAGGUGGUCCCUAUUGCAAUGAAUGUCUUCCUGGUUUCUAUGGUGAUCCCACUCGAGGGACCUCUGAAGAUUGUCAGCCCUGUGCCUGUCCACUCAACAUCCCAUCAAAUAACUUUAGUCCAACGUGCCAUUUAGACCGGAGUCUGGGAUUGAUCUGUGAUGAAUGUCCUGUUGGGUACACAGGACCGCGCUGUGAGAGGUGUGCAGAAGGCUAUUUUGGACAACCUUCCGUACCUGGAGGAUCAUGUCAGCCAUGCCAAUGCAAUGACAACCUUGACUUCUCCAUCCCUGGCAGCUGUGACAGCUUGUCUGGCUCCUGUCUGAUAUGUAAGCCAGGUACAACAGGCCGGUACUGUGAGCUCUGUGCUGAUGGAUAUUUUGGAGACGCAGUUGAUGCAAAGAACUGUCAACCCUGCCAUUGUAACAGCAAUGGCUCCUUCUCAGAGGUUUGUCACACCAGAACUGGGCAGUGUGAGUGCAGACCCAAUGUGCAGGGGAGACGCUGUGAUGAGUGUAAGCCUGAAACCUUUGGCCUGCAAGUGGGAAGGGGGUGUGUUCCCUGCAACUGUAAUUCUUUUGGGUCGAAGUCAUUUGACUGUGAGGAGAGUGGGCAGUGCUGGUGCCAGCCAGGAGUAGCAGGAAAGAAAUGUGACCGUUGUGCCCAUGGCUACUUCAACUUCCAAGAAGGAGGCUGUACAGCUUGUGACUGUUCCCAUCUGGGCAACAAUUGUGACCCGAAAACUGGCCAGUGCAUUUGCCCUCCCAAUACCAUUGGAGAAAAAUGUUCUGAGUGUGUUCCCAACACCUGGGGCCACAGCAUUGUCACCGGCUGUAAGGCUUGUAACUGCAGCACAGUGGGGUCCUUGGAUUCCCAAUGCAACGUAAACACAGGCCAGUGCAACUGUCAUCCCAAAUUCUCUGGUAUGAGAUGUUCAGAGUGCACCCGAGGUCACUGGAACUACCCUCACUGCAGUCUCUGUGAAUGCUUCCUUCCAGGAACAGAUGCCACCACUUGCGAUUCGGAGACAAGAAGGUGCUCCUGCAGCGAUCAGACGGGACAGUGCACCUGUAAGGUGAAUGUAGAGGGCAUUCACUGUGACAGGUGCCGACCUGGCAAAUAUGGACUUGAUGCCAAGAAUCCACUUGGCUGCAGCAGCUGCUAUUGCUUUGGCGUUACUAGUCAGUGCUCUGAAGCAAAGGAUCUGAUCCGUAUGGGGGUGACCCUGAGUGACGAGCAGACCAUUCUGCCUCUGGUGGAUGAGGCCCUGCAGCACACAACCACCAAAGGCAUCGCUUUCCAGCAUCCAGAGAUCGUUGCAAAGAUGGAUGAAGUCAGGCAAGAUCUCCAUCUGGAGCCUUUUUACUGGAAGCUGCCAGAACAAUUUGAAGGGAAAAAGCUGAUGGCCUAUGGAGGGAAACUCAAGUAUGCAAUCUAUUUUGAGGCUCGGGAUGAGACAGGUUUCUCAACAUACAAACCUCAAGUUAUCAUUCGAGGUGGGACUCCUACUCACGCUAGAAUUAUCACCAGAUAUAUGGCUGCCCCACUCAUUGGCCAGCUGACAAGGCAUGAAAUCGAAAUGACAGAGAAAGAAUGGAAAUAUUAUGGUGAUGAUCCUCGAAUCAGUAGAACUGUGACCCGUGAAGACUUCUUGGAUAUACUCUAUGAUAUUCACUAUAUUCUUAUCAAGGCUACUUAUGGAAAUGUUGUGAGACAAAGCCGCAUUUCUGAAAUUUCUAUGGAAGUAGCUGAACCAAGACAUGUAACUGCAGCAAGUCCACCAGCACACUUGAUAGAAAGAUGUGACUGCCCUCCCGGCUAUGCAGGGUUGUCCUGUGAGACGUGUGCACCAGGAUUUUACCGGUUGCGUUCUGAGCCAGGUGGCCGAACUCCUGGACCAACGCUAGGCACCUGUGUUCCCUGUCAGUGUAAUGGACACAGCAGCCAGUGUGAUCCUGAGACCUCAGUAUGCCAGAACUGUCAGCAUCACACUGCUGGUGAUUUCUGUGAACGAUGUGCCCUUGGCUACUAUGGAAUUGUCAGGGGAUUGCCAAAUGACUGUCAACCAUGUGCUUGUCCUCUGAUUUCUCCCAGCAACAAUUUCAGCCCCUCCUGUGUGUUGGAAGGUCUUGAUGCCUACCGCUGUACAGCCUGCCCUCGGGGGUAUGAAGGACAGUACUGCGAAAGGUGUGCCCCAGGCUACACUGGCAGUCCAAGCAGCCCUGGAGGCUCCUGCCAAGAAUGUGAGUGUGACCCCUAUGGCUCUCUGCCUGUUCCUUGUGAUGCAGUCACAGGACUCUGCACGUGCCGCCCGGGAGCCACGGGAAGGAAGUGUGAUGGCUGCGAACAUUGGCAUGCGCGCGAGGGCGCGGAGUGUGUCUUUUGUGGCGAUGAGUGCACAGGCCUUCUUCUUGGUGACCUGGCUCGUCUGGAGCAGAUGGCCAUGACUAUCAACCUCACUGGUCCGCUGCCUGCUCCGUAUAAGAUUCUAUAUGGUCUUGAAAAUACAACUCGGGAACUCAAGCAUCUGCUCUCACCCCAGCGGGCACCGGAGAGGCUCAUUCAGGUGGCAGAGGGCAAUCUGAACACCCUCGUGACGGAAAUGAAUGAACUGCUGAGCAGGGCGACCAAAGUGACAGCAGAUGGUGAGCAAACAGGACAAGAUGCUGAGAGGACCAACACAAGAGCAAAAUCCUUGGAAGAAUUCAUUAAAGGCCUUGUCCAGGAUGCUGAAGAUGUACAUGAAAAGGCUGUAAAACUAAAUGAAACGUUGGGAAGUCAAGACAAGACUGUGGAGAGAAACUUGCAAGAGCUUCAGAACGACAUUGAUCGGAUGCUGAAGGAACUCAGAAGUAAAGAUCUUCAAACACAGAAGGAAGUUGCUGAGGAUGAGCUGGUGGCAGCAGAAAGCCUUCUGAAGAGAGUAAACAGGCUGUUUGGAGAGCCCAGAGCCCAAAAUGAAGAAAGGGAAAAGGAUCUCCGUGAGAAACUGGCAGAUUACAAGGACAGACUUGAUGAUGCUUGGGAUCUACUGAGAGAAGCUACAGAGAAAACACGAGAUGCUAAUCGCUUGUCCACUGCCAAUCAAAAAAACAUGACCAUUUUGGAGAAAAAGAAAGAGGCUAUUGAAAGUGGCAAACGACAGAUAGAGAACACUUUAAAGGAGGGCAACGACAUACUCGAUGAAGCCAACCGACUUGCAAAUGAAAUCAACGCGGUCAUAGAUUACGUCGAAGACAUUCGAACUAAGUUGCCACCGAUGUCUGAGGAGCUUAGUGACAAAAUAGAUGACCUCUCUCAGGAAAUAAAGGACAGGAAGCUUGCUGAGAAGGUCUUCCAGGCUGAGAGCCAUGCUGCUCAGCUGAAUGAGUCGUCUGCUGUGCUUGAUGGAAUCCUGGAUGAGGCUAAGAACAUCUCUUUCAAUGCCACUACAGCAUUCAGAGCUUACAGUAACAUUAAGGACAAUAUUGAUGAAGCUGAGAGAGUUGCCAGAGAAGCCAAAGAUCUUGCCCAAGAAGCUACACAACUGGCAACAAGUCCUCAGGGCUUAUUAAAGGAAGAUGCCAAAGGCUCCCUUCAGAAAAGCUUCAGGAUCCUUAAUGAGGCCAAGAAGUUAGAAAAUGAUGUGAAAGAAAACCACAAUGAUCUAAAUGGCCUGAAAACCAGAUUAGAAACUGCUGAUGCUAGAAACGGUGAUCUCCUGAGAGCUUUGAAUGACACUUUGGGCAAGUUGUCAGUCAUUCCGAAUGACACGACGGCUAAGCUGCAAGCUGUCAAAGAGAAGGCCAGACAAGCCAACGACACAGCGAAAGCUGUCCUGGCCCAGGUUAAAGAUCUGCACCAGAACCUCGACGGCCUGAGGGAAAACUACAAUAAACUCGCAGACAGUGUGGCCAAAACGAACGCCGUCGUGAAAGACCCUUCUAGAAACAAAAUAAUUGCAGAUGCAGAUGCUACGGUGAAAAAUCUAGAACAGGAAGCUGAUCGGCUGAUAGACAAACUCAAGCCCAUCAAGGAACUUGAGGAUAACCUAAAGAAGAACAUCUCUGAAAUAAAGGAACUGAUCAACCAAGCCCGGAAACAAGCCAAUUCUAUCAAAGUAUCUGUGUCUUCAGGAGGUGACUGUAUUCGCACAUACAAGCCAGAAAUCAAGAAAGGAAGUUACAAUAACAUUGUUGUCAAUGUCAAGACUACUGUGGCGGACAACCUCCUUUUUUAUCUUGGAAGCGUCAAAUUUAUUGACUUUCUUGCUAUAGAAAUGCGUAAAGGCAAAGUCAGCUUCCUCUGGGAUGUUGGAUCUGGAGUUGGUCGUGUAGAGUAUCCAGAUUUGACCAUUGAUGACUCAUAUUGGUACCGUAUUGAAGCCUCAAGAACGGGGAGAAAUGGUUCCAUUUCUGUGAGAGCUCUAGAUGGGCCCAAAGCCAGUAUUGUGCCCAGCACCUACCACUCAGUGUCCCCUCCAGGGUACACAAUUCUGGAUGUGGAUGCAAAUGCAAUGCUGUUUGUUGGUGGCCUGACUGGGAAAAUAAAGAAGGCCGACGCUGUGCGUGUGAUCACAUUCACCGGCUGCAUGGGAGAAACAUACUUUGACAACAAACCUAUAGGUCUAUGGAACUUCCGUGAGAAAGAAGGGGACUGCAAGGGCUGCACUGUCAGUCCCCAAGUGGAAGACAGUGAGGGGACUAUUCAGUUUGACGGAGAAGGUUACGCCCUGGUGAGCCGCCCCAUCCGCUGGUACCCCAAUAUCUCCACAGUCAUGUUCAAGUUCCGGACAUUUUCAUCAAGCGCUCUCCUGAUGUAUCUGGCCACACGAGACUUGAAAGAUUUCAUGAGUGUGGAGCUCAGUGACGGGCACAUAAAAGUCAGCUAUGAUCUGGGCUCAGGAAUGGCUUCUGUUGUCAGCAAUCAAAACCAUAAUGACGGGAAAUGGAAAUCGUUCACCCUGUCAAGGAUUCAGAAGCAAGCCAACAUAUCGAUUGUCGAUAUCGCUACUAACCAAGAGGAGAACGUAGCCACUUCAUCUUCUGGGAACAACUUUGGUCUUGACUUGAAAGCAGAUGACAAAAUAUAUUUUGGUGGCCUGCCAACUCUGAGAAACUUGAGUAUGAAAGCAAGGCCAGAAGUAAAUGUGAAGAAGUAUUCCGGCUGCCUCAAAGACAUCGAAAUUUCAAGGACUCCGUACAAUAUACUCAGUAGCCCCGAUUAUGUUGGUGUUACCAAAGGCUGUUCACUGGAGAAUGUCUACACAGUUAGCUUUCCCAAGCCUGGUUUUGUGGAGCUUGCCCCAGUGUCCAUUGAUGUUGGGACAGAAAUCAAUCUGUCCUUCAGUACGAAGAAUGAGUCUGGAAUCAUUCUCUUGGGAAGCGGAGGGACACCAACACCACCCAGGAGGAAACGGAGGCAAACCGGACAGGCCUAUUAUGCCAUAUUCCUCAAUAAGGGCCGUCUGGAAGUACAUCUCUCGUCGGGGACACGAACAAUGAGGAAAAUUGUCAUCAAACCAGAGCCAAAUCUGUUUCACGACGGGAGAGAACACUCAGUUCACAUGGAAAGAACCAGAGGCAUCUUCACUGUUCAAGUCGAUGAAGACAGAAGACAGACACAAAACCUCACAGUGGAGCAGCCUAUCGAAGUGAAGAAGCUCUUCGUCGGGGGUGCUCCUCCUGAAUUUCAGCCUUCCCCACUCAGGAAUAUCCCCGCCUUCGAAGGCUGCGUGUGGAAUCUUGUUAUUAACUCUGUCCCCAUGGACUUUGCACGGCCUGUCGCCUUCAAAAAUGCUGACAUUGGCCGCUGUGCCUAUCAGAAGCCGCGGGAGGAUGAAGAAGCGGUUCCAGCUGAAGUGGUUGUCCAGCCUCAGCCGGUGCCUACCCCUGCGUACCCGUCACCUGCCCCCACCCUGGUGCAUGGCCCUUGUGUUGCAGAAUCAGAACCAGCUCUCCUGGCAGGGACCAAGCAGUUUGGGCUUGCCAGAAACAGCCACAUCGCCAUUGCCUUUGAUGACACCAAAGUUAAAAACCGUCUCACCAUUGAGUUGGAAGUGCGAACUGAGGCUGAAUCAGGCUUGCUCUUUUACAUGGCUCGGAUCAAUCAUGCUGACUUUGCUACUGUUCAGCUGAGAAAUGGAUUCCCCUACUUCAGCUAUGACUUGGGAAGUGGCAACACCAGCACCAUGAUCCCUACCAGAAUCAAUGAUGGCCAGUGGCACAAGAUUAAGAUUCUGAGAGUGAAACAAGAAGGAACUCUAUAUGUAGAUGAUGCCUCCAAUCAAACCAUCAGCCCCAAGAAAGCUGAUAUCCUGGACGUUGUGGGGAUGCUGUAUGUUGGUGGGUUGCCGAUCAACUAUACCACACGCAGAAUUGGUCCAGUAACCUACAGUCUUGAUGGCUGCAUCAGAAAUCUUCGCAUGGAACAGGCCCCUGUUAACCUGGACCAGCCGACUUCCAGCUUCCGCGUAGGGACAUGCUUUGCGAAUGCUCAAAGGGGAACUUACUUUGAUGGAACGGGUUUUGCCAGAGCAGUUGGUGGGUUCAAAGUGGGCUUGGACCUUCUUGUAGAAUUUGAAUUCCGUACCACAAGACCCACUGGUGUUCUCUUGGGAGUCAGCAGUCAGAAAAUGGAUGGACUGGGUAUUGAAAUGAUUGACGAGAAGCUUCUGUUCCAUGCGGAUAACGGCGCGGGCCGAUUCACCGCGGUCUAUGAUGCUGGGAUCCCGGGCCAUAUGUGCAACGGACGGUGGCAUAAAGUGACUGCUAAGAAGAUCAAAAACCGCCUCGAGCUUGUCGUAGAUGGAAACCAGGUGGAUGCCCAGAGCCCAAACUCGGCGUCGACAUCAGCUGAUACAAACGACCCUGUUUUUGUUGGCGGGUUCCCAGAUGGCCUCAAUCAGUUUGGCCUGACCACCAACAUUCGGUUCCGAGGUUGCAUCCGAUCUCUGAGGCUCACCAAAGGCACAGGCAAGCCGCUGGAGGUUAAUUUCUCCAAGGCCCUGGAACUGAGGGGUGUUCAACCUGUCUCAUGCCCAGCUACCUAAUAAAGAGAAGUUCAAGCCCGUAAAGGGUCCAUCAAGCAAGUGUAUCAAGUAAAACAAUAUCUUUCCCUAUGCAUAUUAAUAAAACUAAUGUGUGCACAUACAUAGAAUUCUUUCUGUUUUCAGGUGGUUAUAAUUCAGACCACAGAUUGAACUUUAAUUCAACUUCUCUUUCAAACUCAUAAUUAUUAAACCAAUUAUUUCAUUCUAAAUAAUUACA